AUGGAGAAGAAGGCAAAGAGUCGCAAAGGCAAGAAGAAGGGAGCUGCAGCUGGCGGGGCCAAAAAGAGCGCAGAGCUCAGCUCCAUAGACAAGGACACCGUCAUCGAGCCGGGCACCAAGUACAACAUCGACCUCCGCAAGAAGCCCGCCGACCCAGACCGCAAGCCCGCGCCACUCAAGCCGGGUGCGUCGAAGGAAGCGCACGAGCAGUUUCUGAUCGGCUGCGCCUACUGCACCGGGGAGCAGGGCCGCCCCAAGGACUACGCGCUCGCCGUCGAGUGCUUCCGCAAGGCGGCCGCGCUGGGCGAUGCCAACGCGCAGUACAGCCUGGGGAGCAUGUACUACGGCGGCCUCGGGGUCGAGCGCGACAUCGAGCAGGCCACGGUGUGGCUCGGCAAGGCCGCCGGGCAGGGCCACGCCGAGGCCAAGCGCCACCUUAAGGAGAUGCGGCGUGCGGGCCGAGAGGUGGUGGACGGGUGGCUCACGGCCGCGGCCAAGGGCGAUGCCACGGCGCAGUACAACCUCGGGCAGAUGUACGAGGUGGGCGAGGGCGUGGCCCAGUCAGACAAGCAGGCGGCCGCCUGGUACGCCAAGGCCGCGGCCCAGGGCCAUACCGACGCGCAGUACGACCUCGGGGUGAUGUACCAGAAGGGCCUGGGCGUGGCCGAGGACUGGGCGCGGGCCGCCGAGUGGUACCGCAAGGCCGCAGACCAGGGCCACGCCAACGCGCAGUACCUGCUCGCGCGGCUGCUCGAGGUGGGCCACGGCCAGUCAGUGGCGAAGAACGAGGCCGAGGCGGCCGAGUGGUAUCGGCGGGCCGUGGACCAGGCCGACGACGUGCGGGCGAUGAACAACCUGGGCAGCAUGUACGCGACCGGCCGCGGCGUGGCGCUGGACCACACGGAGGCCGCCGCGCUAUUCCGCCGGGCCGCCGAGCAGGGCGACCACCCGUCGGCCCAGUUCAACCUGGGCGUGGCCCUCGCGAGCGGCCAGGGUGUGGCGCAGGACGACGCCGAGGCCCUCCGCUGGUUUGGCAAGGCCGCGGCCCAGGGACACGCUGGCGCGCAGGCCAUUCUUAAACUUGAGCGCGACGCCUUUGGAGGUCCGCAGGAGAAGGAAGGCCAGUCGACCGUCGUGAAGCCGACCAGCUCGACCUCGACAUCGACGAACGAGGUGGCGCGGCCGUGGUGGGUGGGGAUAGCCCCAGUGGUGGUUUUAUGCCUCGUCGUUCUAUGGAUGCUGUGGGGCUAG